AUGAUGGUCUUCUUAUGGCUGCUUACUGGACACUGGCUAGUAAUUGACGUGAUAGGGAUGGUGCUGUGCACCGCGGUCAUAACGUAUGUAAGGUUACCUAAUCUUCAAGUAUCUACAUAUCUUCUUUGCGGGUUGUUAAUCUACGAUGUUUUCUGGGUCUAUUUCUCUGAAAGAAUCUUUAGAUCUAAUGUUAUGAUUGACGUAGCAAUGAGCACAGCAAGAAAUCCGGUUAUUCCGGGAUUGUUAACAAGCUUCGCUCUAAGAUUUGACAAUUUCAAAAGUAAACAAAGUGACUUAUUAAACAAGUCCCGCCUUAUGACUGUAAAUUACUUCCGUUGUUGCCUUAUUGGUUAUGCAUUCGGACUAUUCCUAGCUGGUGUAUUUGCCACCAUAUUGAAUGCUCCUCAACCGGCAUUGUUAUUUUUAGUUCCUUCAACAUUGCUGCCUCUGUGGUUGCUGGCAUACAAGAAGAAUGAUAUAGGGUAUAUGUGGUCCGGGUCUUUUAACGAAAUUAAAAUUAAGCGGGAAGUUAAUAUUAUAUAA